UUUUUGGGUAUCAAUGACCCAGGGUUUCUCUUAUCCCGACACCGACCUCUCGCAAUCAGUAACUGUCCGACCACCAGCUCCGACGAUCUCCCUCUUCAACCGCUUGCUGCCGGUCGGUGGCUUCGUUUCUUAGGAAAACUUCUGCCCGUCCUACGGUGGCCGCCGCAGGCCUGUCCUUUUCUUCUCCUCAUUGAGAUCAGACAGAGUGCGCCUGCCAUGGGCAUCGAAUGCUUAGUUCUUGGGGCCGGGCAGGAAAUUGGGAAGAGCUGCGUGAUAGUAACUAUCAAUGGGAUGCGGAUCAUGUUUGAUUGUGGGAUGCACCUAGGUCACAGUGAUGAAGAGCGUUAUCCUGAUUUUUCCCUCAUUGAUGGCUCCCUAGAUUGUGUCGUUAUCACUCACUUUCAUCUGGAUCAUAUUGGCGCGCUUCCUUACUUCACUGAAGUUGUUGGUUAUAAUGGUCCUAUUUACAUGACGUACCCGACAAAGGCAUUGGCUCCUUUGAUGUUGGAGGAUUUUCUGAGGAUAUCGGUUGGUAGAGGUGUGGAAGAGAAGUUUACUGCCGAAGAUAUUUCUGCGUGCAUGAAGAAAGUCACCCCAAUUGAUCUGAAGCAGAAUAUACAAGUUGGUAAGGAUCUUCAAAUUCGUGCGUACUAUGCAGGACACGUUCUUGGAGCUGCAAUGGUUUAUGCAAAGGUAGGAGACGCAUCUAUGGUCUACACAGGAGACUACAAUAUGACUCCAGAUAGACAUCUUGGGGCGGCACAAAUUGAUCCACUAGAACUAGACCUCGUUAUAACAGAGUCUACCUAUGCAACGACUGUACGUGAUUCAAAAUAUGCUAGUGAGAGAAAGUUUCUGAAAGCUGUUCAUGACUGUGUCGUUGCUGGAGGAAAGGUCCUGAUUCCUACAUUUGCACUUGGAAGAGCUCAGGAGCUAUUCAUUUUGCUGGAAGACUACUGGGAACGCAUGAAUCUGAAGGUUCCUAUAUAUUUCUCAUCAGGUUUGACCAAACAAGCUAAUAUAUACUACAAGACCCUUAUGAGCUGGACCAAUAAGAAGAUCAAAGAUACAAUUGCACUGCAGAAUGCAUUUAAUCUCAAACAUGUUGUCAGUUUUGAUCGGUCGCAGAUAAAUGCUCCUGGACCUUGUGUUCUCUUUGCCUCACCUGGAAUGCUCUCUGGCGGCCUUUCACUGGAGGUUUUCAAGCAGUGGGCUCCUUCCGAGGUGAAUCUUGUGAUGCUUCCUGGGUAACAAUCUAUCAUCAUGCAUUAUUUAUUUUAAUUGGACAUGUGAAAAAGGACUAUUCCCUUGAUUUGAAUCUUACCUUGGUAAAAAAAUCAUCAUCCUUUCUUGCACACAGGGCGAGCUUCUAUUGCAAGUUGCAACAGGUGUAUGAGGCAAUUGUGUGCAUGUUUUGCUCUUGAAAUGUUCUGUAUAUUUGUCCAUAUUUUUCAGGCACUGUGUAGCUGGAACGAUAGGACACAAGCUUGCGUCCGGCAAACUAACUAAACUCUAUGCGGACAAUAAUAGCCAAAUAGAAAUCCGUUGUAAGAACGUUAAUUUGUCUUUCAGUGCACAUACCGAUUCCAAAGGAAUUAUGGAUCUUCUAAAGUUCCUGUCUCCCAAGCACGCGAUGCUAGUGCAUGGUGAGAAGCCCCGUAUGUCCAUUCUGAAAAAGAAGAUAGAGUCUGAAAUGGGAAUCAUGUGCUAUGAUCCACUGAAUGGUGGGCUGGUGAAGAUUCCUUCCGCCACCGUCCAUGUGAAAGCUCAAACCUCAGAUUCAUUUGCCAAGAGUUGCCAGAGCCCCAAUUUCAGCUUGUCAAGAUGUUCCACAUCAGGUGCAGUUUUAUCAACAGACCUCGCCUCACCUCUGACGGUAACUGAUGACAGAGUUGGCGAAGCCAUCUUAUUCGUGGAUGGAGGCAAGGCGAGAGGCGUACACAAGGAUGAGCUGGAGCUGGAGCUGAUCGUGUCGGGAGAAGGAAAGCCCCAGGUGGUUCUGUUUGGCCAUUGCUUUCCAAUUAGAAGCAAAAACUUAACAAACGCAACAGGUAGGCUCGGGCUUUCUGGUAGCCGCUCUUUGCUCAAGGUGCUAGCCUUGGAACUGUCACAUUUGUUUCCCCAGGUCGAUGUCCAGAAUAUGGGAGAUUUUCUCCAGGUGGGUUCUUUUAUACUGUCUGUGUGCACGAAUGCGGGCUGCACUCGUAGAUCAUCUGAAGUCCCGGGGGAUCCCUCUACGACCUGCACAUAUUUUUGCUGCAGUUGGUGCAUGGAAGACGAGAAGUUGGCUUUGGCAAUCAUUUCGUCGGUCAGAAACAGUCUUUAAGAAGUCAAGGUGGUGAUGCUGUUCAUUUCAUAGGAUUUGCAGUGUUUGUUGGAAUUCUUCCGCAUAUAUUAUGAUAUAUGUAUCAUCCAAAUUUAGUCUCUGUAACCUGUACGCGAAUUAGGUCUCUGACUGACUCAACUAUUGACUCAGCCCUAUGGCGUCUCUUUUCUUCUCGAGCUUUGCUAUUGGUAGCUUGACCAUAGUUCUGCCCUAGUCCUAGGUCAACUCUCCAGAUUUCUUUUUUUUUUUUUUGGGGUACAAAAGUCUCCAGAUUUCAAAUGAAGUGUUCUGGAUUUUAAUGUUUUUCUAAGUAAUUACUUUGUUGAUCGUAUUGGGGCC